GGGCAGCAGCUCAGACUUCGCUCUUGCUUCUUCUGGGACUUCUGCUGGCUGCUCUUGGUUUCAUCUGGAAGCUUCGCCAGGAGAAAGAGCGAGAAUGCUGGACCAAAGGUAAAGCAAUCAGAAGACUGAGGCAGUGAGGUCCAAAGAAGACUGUGGAAAAGGGAUUGGACAGAGGGGAAGGGAGAGGACAAGGACGAAGAGGAUUAAGGGUAUUUGAAGAGAAACUCCAAAGAGAGCUCCGCUGGAGAAAAGCCCAGAAAGUGGAUGGUAACAGAGCCUCUAUUGAUUACCUUUAUUCUGAAGGCUGUGAUUUUCAGAUGGGAUAGCCAAGAGCAGCUUAGAGAGUAGUUUUGAAGAGCAGAGGAUAUGGUGAAAGGCAGCCUUUUGUCUGAGAGUUGUCCGGGUUUCAGGCAGGCUCCAGAGAAUUCCCAGCAGCACAGAUUUCUGCUCCCGGCUCCUCUUCAACCCACCCACCCGCCUCUGCGGGCCUUGUUCUCAAAGGCAGUUCCCGGUGCACGUAUCACGACAGCAGCACAGAUGAAAAUGGCGCCGUCCCUAGACUUCCGUCUGCCCCACCUCCUUGUCUGCAUCAUCUUGGUCCAGCUGCUCACCUCUUGCUCAGCUCAGUUUGCUGUGAUUGGACCCCCUGGGCCCAUCCUGGCCAUGGUGGGUGAAGACGCUGAGCUGCCCUGUCACCUGUUCCCGAAGAUGAGCGCAGAGAACAUGGAACUGACGUGGGUGAGAUCCAGCCUCAGGCAGGUAGUUUUCAUGUAUGCACAAGGCAAGGAAGUAGAAGACAGACAGACAGCAGAGUAUCGAGGGAGAACUGAGAUUUUAAGAGAUGGCAUCACUGCAGGGAAGGCUGCUCUCCAAAUUCACAGCGUCAGAGCCUCAGACAGUGGAAACUACCUGUGUUAUGUCCAAGAUGGCAACUUCUACGAAAAAGCCUUGGUGGAGCUGAAAGUUGCAGCUCUGGGUUCGGAUCUUCACAUUGAAAUGAAGGGCCAUGAGGAUGGAGGGAUCCACCUGGGGUGCACAUCCACCGGCUGGUAUCCCCAGCCCCAAAUACAGUGGAGAGAUGCCAAGGGCCAGAACAUGCCAGCUGUGGCAGCACUUCCAGCUACAGAUGGAGCGGGCCUGUAUGCAGUCACAUCAUCUCUAACGGUGAAAAGCAGCUCUGGAGAAGGGGUGUCCUGUAUCAUCAGAAAUCCCCUCCUCAACCAGGAAAAGACAGCCCAGAUUUCCAUUGCAGAUCCCUUCUUCAUAAGGGCCCAGCUCUGGAUCGCUGUCUUCGCGGGGACGCUGCCUGUCUGUCUGCUGCUCCUCGCAGGGGCUGGUUACUUCCUGUGGCUACAGAGGAAAGAAAAGGAGGCUCUAUUCAUGGAGAAAGAGAAAGCAGAAGAGGAAAAAGAAACAGCACGGGCAGAAAAAGAGCAGGAACAAAGAAUAAAAGAGAUACUCAAGUAUGAACUCAAGUGGAGAAAGAUCCAGUACAUGGCUCGUGGGAAGAAGUCUCAGGCCUAUCCUGAGUGGAAGAAGGCCCUCUUCCAAGCUGCGGAUGUGAUAUUGGAUCCGAACACAGCAAACCCCAUCCUGCUUGUUUCUGAUGACCAGAGGAGCUUGCAGCGAGCAGACAAACGACAGAAUCUGCCAGACAACCCCAAGAGAUUUGAUUGGCAUUACUGUGUGCUUGGCUGCAAGAGCUUCACGUCAGGGAGACACUACUGGGAGGUAGAGGUUGGGGACAGGAAAGAGUGGCACGUCGGGGUGUGCAGGGAGAACGUGGAGAGAAAACGUUGGAUUAAAAUGACACCCGAGAAUGGCUUCUGGACUAUGGGGCUGUCUGAUGGGAAUGACUAUCGGGCUCUCACUGACCCCCGGACCAAACUGACAAUUGCCAACCCUCCUCAAAAAGUGGGGAUUUUCCUGGACUACGAGACUGGUGAGGUCUCCUUCUACAACGCCACAGAUGGAUCUCAUGUGUACACCUUCCCGCACACCUCCUUCUCUGGGCCUCUGUGGCCCGUUUUCAGAAUUUUGACCUUGGAGCCCACUGCCUUGACCAUUUGCCCAGCAUUGACAGGAGUGGGGCGUUCCAGUGUUCCUGACCUAGAGCCUGACCUUUCUCUGGAGACCCCCGUGGCCCUGGACUCAGCUGAUGAGAAUGGGGAGCCUCAGGCUGAAGUAACGUCCUUGCUUCUCCCUGCCCAGCCUGAAGCCGAGGGCCUCUUCCCUACCAGCAACAAAUCACAACCGUAAAAUACCAAAGACACACACUGUGUGAAGCACUUCACUAGUAUUCAUACAAUUAUUUAUUCCAUAUGGACAGUUGAGUUUGAUACUGCUUUAUUGUCUCCUUUAUAUGGAGAAAGAAACCAGGGUGCAGAAAAGUGAAUUCACUUCCCAAAGGUCACUCAGCUAGUAAAUGACAGCUGUGAUUUGAAUAUAAAACAUUUACGGAUGACGUAAGUGUACUGGGGGUUGUGUCAAAGCUUUAAAUAAAUGUUCUCCUUUAAUCCUCA